UUAACCCAUGAUUUUCCUCGCCUUAUCAAGGAAAUUAUUCAGACAGUAACUGGAGCUUCGACCAAAACCAGGUUGCGCACUCGAGUUCGAACUGUGCAUGAGUUGGUAGCUCCAACUGGCAAGAAGGACGACCGAAAAAACAGAAGUAGCCGUUGGCGGGAAAUGCGCUUCAAGGUCCUCAGUUUGGUGGCGCGUGGAGCGCGUGCGCCUCUCUUCCAUAACGCCCCUCCACUAUAAGUGAAGCGAAGCCAUAACGUAUUACUCAGAGAUGCAGUACAUCCUGCCAAAUUCGGUUGAGAGUGUCAACCCAGGAAGAGAUGGGUGCUGACGGCGGGAUCUCGUGUGGGUAUGCAUGUGAUCCGAUGGUUUAGAUGAGUUCGAGCACUCGUAUCACGCUCUUUAAAUGCUUUCUCGAUAUUCGACACACAUUUGACUCGCCUCGCUUCUCCGGUCUAGAGCCAAAACCGGAAGCCUAGUAAUGUCAAGCUUCCCUGUAUAAACCGCACCUUUGAAUCUCUCACCACCCCACCUUUCUUCCUAAUUUUCUUUGCCUGCUCUAUCUCUCUAUAUCUCUCUUGUGUGAGCCGAAAGGAGGAGGAGGAGGAGGAAAUGACUCAACAAAGGCUCCAGAACUACGUUGACACCCUGAAGAGCGAGGGUAUCAUGGAUGGAGAGUAUGAGGAGAGCAGGAAAGUACAGAACGAAACAAAUCUUCCAAAUCUCAUGAUGGAUCUCAUCAACUCUUUCUUGCGCGACGGUGACAACAGCAUGAGAGAACUAGCAGACCUUCUGACUGCAAGGAACGUGGAUUUUAGUAAAGUUACUACUGCUGCUCAUCUGAUCAAAGGAGGUGGCAACAGCCUUGGCGGUUGCCGGGUUGUUGCAGCAGCUCGUGCUCUUGUAAAUGCUAGCCUUAAUCAGGACAAGCGAAGUUGCGAGACAUCGUAUGAAUGGGUGGUGAAUGAGUACUACCACUUUCGUGACAAACUCAGAACCCUAUAUCAGAUGGAGAGGGCAAUUGUCAACACUGAGUCGAGAAGGAGAGGAUAAAACCUGUCGGUGUUUCUCUCAGUAGAGUAUACAGAUGAGAAGAGUUCAUCUGUCUAUUAGAAACUUGUUAAUGAAGUUCCUGCUCUGUCUAAAUUAUUAGAGACCAAGAGCUUUCUUUUGGCUUGUGGGCCAUUAUGCACAAGUACUUUGUACGUUUGUUUAUCGUGCUCUAGUAAUGAACAUCUAGGUCUUCUAAA